GACGAGGCAGUGUGUGUGUGGUUGUCAGUGUAGUUGGGUGUGGUUGAGCAGCUCUCAACUUGACUGACUCCUUGUAACCAAGUCAACCUUUGCUGUCCUUGUACUUAUGGUCGACGUUGCUGCCAGAUAACCUUUUCCAUUAUUCAACUGAAAGCGCUGCUCUCUAAGAUUAUACUCACUGAAAAUAUAAUUACAAUAUACAGGCCAGAGAAAAGAUCAAUUGGUGUGAAUCUUAGGUGAGGCGCAAGAUACAGCAGCGACUGUAAGCGGUUACAUAUUUUCGUGUGAUAUGUAUGUGUCUAUCAGUAAGGAGUGACUGCUGUAAGUGGCUACAGUGCAGCAAGUAGCGUAGAGGGAGGUGUUGAGAACAACUUGUCAAACAUUCGUUUCAGACUUUCGCUUUCAUCUCUAUCAAAACACGAGGCCUCAUCAGAUUGGCUUCAAAUUUUCAACAGUGGUGUACGGGGGGCGGCACUCUCACCCAUCAGCAGCCAUGGGGUGUGCGAUGAGUACUGCUGCUGACAAAGAAGCAGCAGAAAGAAGCAAAAAAAUAGACAAAGAUUUGAGACUUGCUGGGGAACGUGCUGCCAGAGAGGUUAAGCUUCUACUUUUGGGUGCUGGCGAAUCUGGCAAAAGCACAAUUGUAAAACAAAUGAAGAUUAUCCACGAGACUGGAUAUUCACGUGAAGAAUGUGAACAGUACCGACCUGUUGUGUAUUCCAAUACCAUCCAGUCUCUCAUGGCUAUCAUCAGAGCAAUGGGACAACUAAAGAUUGACUUUAAAGACUCCAGUAGAGCGGAUGAUGCCCGACACUUCUUCACUUUAGCAAGUGCAGCAGAUGAAGGUGAAUUGACGCCUGAAUUGGCCAACAUAAUGAAGCGCUUAUGGAAUGAGAGUGGUGUCCAGCACUGUUUUAGUCGGUCGAGGGAGUACCAGCUGAACGACUCUGCUGCCUAUUACCUCAAUGCUUUGGACCGCAUUGCUCGGCCUGGUUAUGUUCCCACUCAGCAGGAUGUCCUCCGCACCAGAGUUAAAACAACAGGCAUUGUUGAAACCAAUUUUUCCUUCAAGAACUUAAAUUUCAAAUUGUUUGAUGUAGGUGGUCAAAGAUCAGAGAGGAAAAAGUGGAUCCACUGCUUUGAGGGAGUUACAGCCAUCAUAUUUGUUGUUGCUUUAUCAGGUUAUGAUUUGGUUCUAGCAGAGGAUGAAGAAAUGAACAGGAUGAUUGAGAGUAUGAAACUCUUUGACUCCAUUUGCAAUAACAAAUGGUUUGUGGAGACUUCAAUAAUUCUCUUCCUAAACAAGAAAGAUCUCUUUGAAGAAAAGAUUACGAAAUCACUAUUGACUAUUUGUUUCCCAGAGUACCAAGGCAGCAAUACAUACGAUGAAUCUGCCAACUAUAUUCGCAUGAAGUUUGAGAAUCUUAACAAGCGGAAGGAUCAGAAAGAAAUCUACACUCACUUCACAUGUGCUACUGAUACUGGCAACAUUCAGUUUGUGUUUGAUGCUGUAACCGAUGUAAUCAUCAAGAAUAAUCUCAAGGACUGUGGUCUUUUUUAGAAGGUGGGCUCCCUGCAACCCAACUUACUAUGAUAAUUAGGGUCAUGUGAAAUGUGGCUUCAUGACCCACCUGUCACAUUCCUAGAUGGAUAAGUGUUUGCACCAAAGUAUUAUAUUGCUGGCAGGACACUGUAGUCAGUUGUACUCAAACAUGCUGAAACUUAUACUAAAACAAGAAUGUCUGUGAGACUGAAUGUAAACAAUAUUUUGGUAGGAAUAUGUUUGAUGCUGUGCACAGUUGGACUCUGUCUCACCACACAAGUGGUAUUUACAGUGCCUAGAAUAUGUAUAUGAUUAUUGAAUGAAGAAAUUGUGUGAACUAUUGUGUGCCAUGUGUUACUUUGGGCCAGUGAUUAUGGUUGGUGUCAUGAGUGCAUAUACCAGUCAGAUGUUUAACGCUAUUGAAAGUGAAAAUACUAAUUAAUUUCGUUUCAUAAAAGUGAUUUUGUACAAGGCAUAUUGGAAAGCUUUUUAUUUUGUUUGAUAAAUAACCGAGUGUAGCUAGGACUUUUCCUUGUGUUUACUACAGUAUGUGACAUGUAGCUAACAUAGCCAUAGAGAAUAAUUGAUUCUUACUGACCAAAAAAAUACAUGCAUCAUUAUCUCCUUUAUAAAUAUUCAGUUAUUUUGUCACAAGUGUAAAUGUGAUGACAAGUUUCUGCCUUAUUUAGUUUAUUCGAGUGAAAUUAAAAUUUUCUUGCUAAGGCAGAAUUUUUAUCGGUGUUACGCAGACUGCGAAAGAAAAUCUGUGUCUACACAGGUUUUUCUUGCAAUUUAUUUGUGUGUAUACAAAAGGAGUACCUUAUGCUUUUCGAGACAUUUCAUCCGUGUUAUAUAGAAUCUAUUUUGGUAUUUCUAAAUAUUUUUAUUAACUUGUGAUUUUAUUUUGUUUCAAUGAGGUAGAGUUCAUUUGAUAGCAGGAGGUAUUAGAGGCCACAUAAAUAGAUGCCUUUUUCAACUUGCUUGCAUGGAUAUGACCAUGGGUGUUUGUGCAAUACCUAAGGAGAUUUGUCUGUGGUGUGUGGAAUCGAACCUUCCCUGCUCCCACUCCCUCUGUUGUUCUAUCUCGUCACCCCAGCCCACACCAAGAUUCUUGCACUUGUAAUACUGCCAGUCAAACAUGUUUUAAAAGGAGUAUGUUUAAAUCUUUCAUUUCAUAUACUAUAUUUAUAAUUUAUGUAUCAGAUUACCAAAUUCCUGAGGAUGAAUAUGUAAAAGUUCACUUUUAUGUAAAUAUUUAUUGCUCAUAAUUUUGUAAGUAUACCUGAUGGGCAGACUUUCUUGGACAAUAUCUCCCGUGCCUGUUGCUUCUUGAUGCUGGUCUGGUCUGUUGUGGCAUUCCUGUCUUCAUGCAGCUCUAGCAUUUCUACAUUGUUGUGUAAGCCACAAUUCCACUAAUUUCAGCUGAAGCAUAAAAGAGCAGAGGUGAAAUUAUGUAACUAAUAAUUUUGUAUUCAUAAUCACUCAUUGCUUUAUAAUGUUUUGGCACCUGGGAUGUGCACAUGUAACCUUAAUGUGCUGUGGUGUGUAAGUUGUAGGUAUGCAGAGUGGGAUGCCAGAUUCUGGCUAUGGCAACUACUCAUGAUUUUUAAUAUCCUUAACAGUUACUCAUUUUUGUUGCUGUUUAUAAAUGUAGAACUAAACUUUUAAGUGGCUUUGUAUGAUUUCAGUGCUUCUCAAGUCAUGGUGGGUAUUGGAAAGACCAUAGAUCAUAUGUAUAUAAGCAUAAACAGAUACUACAAGUAUAGCUAAGUUCAGCAUAUUGUAUUUUAUCUUCAAACUACUGGUAUUGAAUUAUUUUUUCUAACCAUGAACAAAGGGAAUGUUUUUAAAAAAUGUAAAUAAUCAUUACCACAACACAUUUUAAUUUUUUUUAAUACUGGAAUUUAUUCUUUAUAAAUUUAAAUAUGAACUUUUAAUAUUGGUUUAUCUCUGUACUUUGAAAAGUGAAUAAUAGUAUACAUGUACUUUUACAUUGUUACCAAUGUAGAAGAAUUUUGCACAACUUGUUAGCUCUUCAAGAAUACAAUUCUUAAGUAAUUCAGUUUGUGUUGCAAGACAAGUGAAAAUUGGUAAAUGAAUGCCAACAUACGCAGCAGAACUUAUUACACAGGGAAGUCAGGCAGACAUACAACAGACAUGACGAAUCACACAACUUUUAAGAAAUAAUGCAAGUGGUAAACAGUGUAGAACAUCGUGUUUUUUAUAAUCAUGUUGUAAGGUCUCUAGGAUAAGGUUACUGUAGUUUAUUGCCUGUAGUUUAUACAUAAAAUUUGAUGAUUUCUUUUAGAUAGCCCUGUGACUGCAGUCUCAGAUGUCUGGCAAUAAGUUUUCUACACUUCAAACUGUCAUAGCCUUUUGCUCAAACAGGAAAAGGCCUGAUUUACAUGUAAAAUUAAAUAACAGUGACACACCAGACUACAAAUUAUAUUGUAGCGAGAGAAAUAUUCACCCUGCACAUAUAAGGUAUAUAGCUUGUAUCUUUCAUUCCUGCUUUUUAAAUGUGCAUAAUCAUCUAAAAGUGAGACAUUCAGAUUAAUGCUUAUUAAAAAUUAUUAAAUUCAUAAAUUGCUAAACCUCUAGGGGUUCAUUUAAGAAUUAUUUGACAUGAAUUUUCCUCUGGUGUUUAAAGAACAUAAAAAUCAUCAAAGUUGUUCAACAGUGCUCCAAGUUCCAUAGAGUUAAACAAAUUACAAACACAAGUAGAAAUUAUUUACAUGUAAACAUGGGUUUAGUGCAUUUGUGAAUAUAAUAAUACUUGUAAGCAUAUUACUGAGAUGUGUUUAAAUAACUAGUUUCUUAGUGUUUAUUUUAUCCCACUUUUUUUUUUUUUUUUUUUUUAGAAAGUGCAGCAUGGAAUAGAAUCAGUAUUGAGCAACAAAAAUGGGUUUCUCUUAUGUUGAAUGGCUUCUAAACUGUAAUAUAUAAUUUGUAUUUUGAGAGAAAUUUGGAUUUACAAUUGCCAGAAUCUAGAUGCUAUCGAUACUCGGUUAUACACUUGUAUAAUUACAAAUCACCGGUAGUCUAUAUAGUCGGUCGUAACUGGAUUUUUGCCAAAUAUUUUAUGGUGAUGAUGGUUGCCAGUUGACAUUUUUGGUUAAUUAUUUUUUUUAGCAUUUGAUAACUGUCUUGUGUUGGGCAUUUUUUCUAUCUUUUAUAAUAGGUAAUUACUUAUGAAGCUAUUCACUUCCAGUAGUGAAUGUUGUCAGUACAUUAGAUAAAAAAGAUCAACAGAAUAAGUGAAUUUCAGUGAAGCUGAAUGGUCUUUAAAUAAGCACAUCUCCCUGUGGUAACUAUGAGUAAAUGUGAUGCACUUGAGCUUUAGAUCUUCAGUAGUGCUCAACAUACUCAAAUUUGGAGACAAUCAAGGAUAUAUAUGUAGUACUCUUAGAUAUUAAAAGUAUAAAAAUGUCAAGCAGAUAUAUUUGCUAUAUUUUCUGAGAAUUGCAGUUAAUUAUUUGGUCAAAUGAAUAUUGAUCAUAUUACAAUGCUAAUCAUCAGUAAAAAUUUGUACAGUGCAUUGCAAAGAAAAUAACCAGCACACAUUUUGGAAUAUAUCUUUAUUCUUGUACAGGUAUUGCCUAAAAUAAAUGACAAAAAUUC